AUGGAGGCUAUUCAGGAUAGAAAUAAUCCUGAUAUAACCAUGGAAAGCAAACUACAAGCAGACCUUCCAGAGGAAAUUCUGGAAAUCGUUAACCUCCAACAAUCCCCUCACUUCCUCGAAACUCUCGCCAUAUCUGCAUUGAAGCCCAAACAAACACUCAAAUUAUUCACAUAUUUUAAUACCUUAAUCGCCGACUCGGCUGCAAGAUGGGUUGCCAAUUCGUAUCCUGAUGGCGCAACCGCCACGAGCAACGGUCUGUCUGAUCUUGCGUUGCAACGAAUUCUGCUGGCAACAUGGAGACUUCUCAACUUCGAUAAGCAGGCCUACUCUGGGACAGUUUCAAGCUCCGCGAUUCAGAGCCUUCUUGGACAUACUGAUUUAGCAGUUCGGUAUCUUGCGGUGAGAAUCUUCUGCCAGCUUCAAUUCGCCUCGGACGAUAGAUUGGAGGCAAUGGUUGCGAAAUUCGUUGGAAAUACAAUGGCAGUAAUGGGGGACUUCGACGGCGAAAUGGUGGACUAUGGAUUCCUUAGUAUUUUCGAAGAACAGCGGCUGAAAAAUGCUGCUUUGGGUUUGAGCACUGAAACAGAGAUGUUUCAAUCUCAAAAGGUAUUACAGGAGUUUUCACCACUGGUUGUGCAAUAUUCAGAUAUACUCUUACCUCGGCCAAACGGCAAUCCUUCGCAGCCAUCUAAACUCAUAUCAACAACCACAACCUCGCAGAACAGGCAAUCCUUUGCCAAGGCCCUUAUGUCUUCAUCGCCAAUCUUACUCCACGGGUUGGCCGGUGCAGGAAAGACUUCGUUGGUCAAUGACUUCGCACGGGAACUUGGGAUGGAUUCAAGCAUGGUUACACUUCAUUUGAAUGAGCAGACUGAUGCAAAAAUGCUUAUUGGCAUGUACGCUACAGGAUCUACACCUGGAUCUUUUACGUGGAGAGCAGGUGUUCUGACUACAGCUGUUAAGGAAGGGCGUUGGGUUUUCAUCGAGGAUCUUGAUCGCGCUCCCAAUGAAGUUAUCAGCGUAAUACUGCCACUCGUUGAGAGAGGCGAGCUUCUAAUACCAAGUCGAGGUGAAACUAUCAAGGCCAAGGCAGGUUUUAAGCUUCUUGCGAGCAUUCGAACCUCUUUGAAUGUAAGUGGCGGAGAGAUUCCACCAGCAUUACACAUGCUCGGAGCACGAAUGUGGCAGCGUGUUCCUAUUCACAUGCCAAAUCGAGACGAAUUUCGAGAAAUCGUCGAAGGUACUUACCCAAUAUUGCGCCAAUUUUUGCCUGGAAUUAUCAGCGUUUACGAAAGGCUCUACACACUCUCUAUUAAGCCUUCUUUUGCAUCCAAAACUCGAACUUCGAUAGGCCGCCCAAUAAGUCCUCGGGAUCUUCUGAAGUGGUGCAGAAGACUAGCAAGUGUUCUUACAUCAUCAGGAUCCAAGACCGGCAGCGAGCCUAUAACCGACAGCACCAAAUAUGAGAUGUUUUUAGAAGCCGCCGAUUGCUUUGCAGGAAGUCUACAGUCCGAGGAAUCCCGGAGAUCGGUGGUUUCAUGCAUUGCUGAGGAAAUGCACAUUGAUCCUCAGACUAUGGAACAUUCUCUCACUGGCCAUGUUCCACGUUACGAUGACGGCGAUAGCGAGCUUUUGAUUGGUAGAGUGCGAUUGUCUAAGAAACGAAGUAGUCGUGUUACGAAGCCUACUAAAAAGAGCCGUCCCUUUGCGAAUACAACGCAUGCCAAAAAACUGCUCGAGCAAGUCGGAGUAGCGGUCCGGAUGGCAGAGCCAGUCUUGUUAGUUGGAGAGACAGGUAUUGGUAAAACUACUGUCGUACAGCAGCUUGCAGAUUCGUUGGGUUUCAAACUCACUGCUGUGAACUUAUCGCAACAAAGUGAGGUCGGUGAUUUGCUCGGAGGAUUCAAACCUGUGAAUGUCCGGAGUCUUGCAAUUCCACUUAAAGAUGAAUUCGACGAUCUUUUUGCGUCGACAGGCAUUUCUGCCACAAAGAAUCAGAAGUACAUUGAUCAACUUGGAAAGUGCGUCGCAAAGAGUCAAUGGAGCAAGGCAUCGAAAUUGUGGCGUGAGGCUCCCAAAAUGUUUGAAAAAAUCGUUUCUGAGCUUGCCAAAAAAGAAGAAGCAAGUAUGCAUAUAAUCUCUGAGCAACCAACAAAGAGACGAAAGACCGAGUCAAAAUUACAGUCACUGUUGAAAUUGAAGUCUCGUUGGUCAAGGUUCUCGCAGAGCUUGGACCAAUUCGAUAUUCAGUUGUCUGCAGGCUCCAAAGGGUUUGCUUUCUCAUUCGUCGAAGGUAACAUUGUCAAAGCAGCUCGCAAUGGAGAGUGGGUACUUCUUGAUGAAGUCAACUUGGCAUCUCCAGAUACCCUUGAGAGUAUAGCUGACCUGUUGCACGGUGGUACUGGUUCUCCCUCAAUUCUUCUUUCUGAAACUGGUGAAAUAGAACGGAUCCAAGCACACCCAGACUUCCGCAUAUUCGGUGCCAUGAAUCCAGCAACAGAUGUUGGAAAACGUGAUCUUCCUAUGGGACUACGUUCUAGAUUUACUGAACUUUAUGUCGAUAGUCCGGACAAGAAUCUUGACGAUCUCUUAGCUGUCAUCAAAGCAUAUCUCAAAGGGACAAGUAGCAAUGACGAAAGGGCUGCUCAUGAUGUAGCACGUCUUUAUAUGAACACGAAACGACUCGCCGAAGAGAAGCGAUUGGUUGAUGGUGCAAAUGAAGUACCGCACUUCAGUUUGCGAACAUUGACACGUGUUCUCUCCUACGUCACCGAAAUUGCUCCGUCUUAUGGCUUACGAAGGGCGCUCUACGAAGGGUUUGCGAUGGGGUUCUUGACUCUUCUUGAUCGAGAAUCCGAAAAAAUGCUUAUGCCACUUAUUGAGCACCAUUUGUUAGACAGCCACGGCAACCCACAAGCUCUUUUGGCCCAAACACCAAAACACCCAGAUGAUGGAAAGCAAUAUGUACGAUUCAUGAACAAGAAAAGAGAUCGUCAAUAUUGGAUGCUUCAAGGUUAUGAGACCCCUCAAGAGCAACCUCACUACAUUAUCACGCCAUUUGUCGAGCGUAACAUGCUUAACUUGGUCCGUGCAACUUCAACUCGUCGCUUUCCAGUUUUAAUUCAAGGUCCAACUUCAUCCGGAAAGACUAGUAUGAUCGAGUAUCUCGCUAAGUUUAGCGGAAACAAAUUUGUGAGAAUCAACAAUCACGAACAUACUGAUCUACAAGAGUACUUGGGCACUUAUGUCUCUGAUUCGGAUGGAAAGCUGCGCUUUCAAGAAGCUCCUACCGAUGUUUUGGAAGCACUCAAUCGUCUUCUUGAUGACAACCGUGAACUUCUCAUUCCAGAAACGCAGGAAAUUGUUCGUCCCCAUGAGAACUUCAUGCUCUUCGCAACCCAGAAUCCUCCAGGACUUUAUGGUGGUCGUAAAACUCUAUCUCGGGCGUUCCGUAAUCGUUUUCUCGAGCUCCAUUUUGAUGACAUUCCAGAAGACGAACUCGAUUUUAUCCUUGAGAAACGAAAGUCAAAAGUAUACAAGGAGCUUUCACGCCUCAGGCAGUCUACACGACUUUUCGAACAGAAGGAUAGUUUCGCUACCCUUCGUGAUCUUUUCCGAUGGGCACUACGAGAUGCUGACAAUAGGGAGCAGCUUGCCGCUAAUGGGUACAUGCUACUUGCCGAACGUGUUCGCAAUUCGGAAGAGAGAGCAGCCGUCAAGGAAAUCAUUGAGAAAGUCAUGAAGGUCAAUAUUGAUAUAGAUGAUCUUUACAGCAACAAUCUUGCAGAAAUCAAAGCUUACAAUUCAGCCACGAAUUCGCAAGGUGUAGUUUGGACACAGGCAAUGCGCAGGCUUUAUGUAUUAGUUGCUCAUGCUCUCCGAAACAAUGAGCCUGUGUUGCUUGUGGGUGAAACCGGUUGCGAGACAGGAGAUCUGAUUGGAGCUCAAAGACCAGUGCGAAACAGAGCCGCUGUCUUGGAGCAGCUCAAAAAAGAUCUUCUGCAGUCGUUGGAUGGGGUUGGUCAACGUCAAUCGGAUUCUGAGAAUUUCGAAUCAUUGUGGGCUACAUAUAAAUCUCUUCCAGAAACAACCCUGUCUCAGAUACCAAUCGAUCUGUCAUCGCGAAUUCAACUCAAUCAAAUUAAGGCCAAGGCACUCUUUGAGUGGUCUGAUGGAAGUCUAGUGCAAGCAUUGAAAGAAGGACAGUUCUUUUUACUUGACGAAAUAUCCCUCGCAGACGAUUCAGUGUUAGAGAGAUUAAACUCCGUUCUGGAGUCACAUCGAACAAUUCUGCUGGCAGAGAAGGGUGUAGAAAACUCGUUCGUCCAGGCUGCUGACGGGUUCCAAUUUUUCGCGACUAUGAACCCUGGAGGUGAUUACGGUAAGAGGGAAUUAUCACCCGCUCUUCGAAACAGAUUUACGGAAAUCUGGGUUCCAGCCUUAUCAGACCAUGCAGAUGUCAUUCAAAUUGUGGAAGCCAAGUUAAAUUCCAAGAUGAAACAAUUCUCGGAGCCCAUGGUCAAGUUUGCAGAAUGGUUUGGUGAAACAUAUCGAUCUACAUCCUCGACCUCAAUAUCUGUUCGUGAUAUCUUGGCAUGGAUCAAAUUCAUGAAUGAAUGCUCGACUACCAAUCCCCACUACGCUGUUCUUCAUGGUGCGGCUAUGGUUUAUAUUGAUACCCUUGGAGCAAAUCCAGCUGCUCUCUUGGCAAUUAAUCCGGAAACGAUUCAUGAGGAACACCAAGAUAGUCACAUCUCCAUGGGCGGCUUCCAUGCUCCAAAAUUGGCUGGCUCUGACAGCGAUCCAGGGUUUGCCUUCGAUGCACCUACGACGAAACUCAACGGCAUGCGGGUACUUCGUGCUCUCCAAGUUCAAAAGCCCAUACUUAUCGAAGGUAGCCCUGGUGUUGGCAAGACGACCUUGAUUGCAGCAUUAGCACGUGCUUGCAAUAGACCCCUGACGCGUAUCAAUUUGUCAGAGCAAACCGACCUGAUGGAUUUGUUUGGAUCAGACGUUCCUGUUGAAGGUGCCGAAGCCGGACAUUUCGCGUGGCGCGAUGCUCCAUUCCUUCAAGCAAUGCAACGAGGAGAAUGGGUACUUCUGGACGAGAUGAAUCUUGCCUCUCAAUCGGUUCUCGAAGGUUUGAAUGCUUGUCUUGAUCACCGUGGAGAAGUCUAUAUUUCAGAGUUGGAUCAGACGUUCAAGCGCCAUCCGAACUUCUCUGUUUUUGCCGCUCAAAAUCCUCAUCACCAAGGUGGCGGCAGAAAGGGUCUCCCCAGUUCUUUUGUUAAUCGAUUUACUGUUGUCUAUGCUGAUGUGUUUAGAGAUGAUGAUAUGAAACUAAUUUGCCAGCAUAAUUUCCCUUCUAUGCCACAGGAAUUAAUCACAACCAUCAUCGAUUUUGUCACCCGACUAGAAGACGAGAUUGUACACAAGCGGAAGUUUGGCUCCCAAGGCGGUCCUUGGGAGUUUAAUUUGCGAGAUAUCCUUCGAUGGUUGCACUUGUUGACGUCGUCAGCUCCAUUCCUUGCUAAUCGAGGCCCAGCCGAUUUUUUGAAUUUAAUAUUUCGACAGCGUUUUAGAACUACCAGAGACAGAGAAGAGCUGGAUAGAGUGUUUGCGCAGGCGUUUGGCUCAGAUGUACCAUUCCGUCAAUUCUAUCAAAACAUGAGCUCGACCGCCUAUCAGGUAGGAAUAGCACAUAUGCCAAGACAUGCACUCUACCACCGCACGGCAUUUCCACAAGUUGACCCUGUUAAUCGCCUUCCGGAGUUGGAGUCACUAAUCAUAUGUGUCCAACAAAAUCUACCUUGUAUUUUAGUAGGAUCAUCAGGCUCUGGAAAGUCUACACUUCUUAAGCAUGUUGCUGCUGCUAGUGGUAAAUCUCUCACGGUAUUUCCCUUGAAUGCAGACAUCGAUACCAUGGAUCUAGUAGGUGGAUUUGAGCAAGUCGAUCCGCGAAGAGCCGCUAGCAAAUUUUUACAAGAACUUCUUGAGUUUAUGGAAAGUCGUAUACUUAGCACAAUUCCCCAACAGAUUCCCGAAGAUGCAAUCAAAGUUCUCGAUGUUUUGAGAAAGGAUGCCAUGAAUUCCUCUUUCUCCUUCCAAGAGAUUUCUAUCCAUCUUCGACAGCUGGAACAAGCAAGCUCGUUACCAGAAUUUGGAGCACUGGCAGAGACGUGCGAAACUUUUGCAAGUCGCUCUAUGGCCGUCGAGAAUGCCAGGUUUGAAUGGGUGGAUGGUAUCUUGAUCAAGGCAUUGGAGCAAGGAAAAUGGUUAGUGCUUGAUAAUGCUAAUUUAUGCAGAGCUUCCGUAUUGGACAGACUUAAUUCGCUGCUUGAACCGAAUGGAUUUCUUAGUAUCAAUGAACAUUGUGGACCAGAUGGAGAACCAAAGAUUGUCAAACCACAUGCCGACUUUAGAAUUUUCCUAACAAUGGACCCUCGAUUUGGGGAGCUGUCGCGUGCUAUGAGAAAUCGUGCGGUUGAGAUAUUCCUGGAGCCGCUCUUAUCAGAGAACGACCCCAAUACCGGCACUCAAUUUUCUAUUCUGCCAGAAGCCACACUUCAGAGAUAUCGCCAAGUGUCAAAAGUUCUAGACCUUCAAUGUUCAGAUCUUAGCCAGGCAGAUCUUAUCAAUCGUAUCGCACUCGAAAACUUGGCUUGGUCCGAUUUGCCUCUUCUUACAAGAUAUGCUGAAAGCGUGGCCCAAAGUCUUGAGCAACAGGGGAUACCUACCACAAGAUUGUCGACAAUAUCUCGACAAUAUAUGCAGUUAUACCAGUCCGAAGACAGCCGCGAAUUAAGAAAUGCUGUGGGAGAGUUAUUAAAUAAAGUUGCGAAGAAGACCUUCUUACCCGCAGGCUUCAGUGACGCACAGAUCAUCCAUCCUCUCCAAAACUCGCCAUUGGUGCCAUUACUGCAAUCCACUUCCAAUGAAUCGCAGGUUUAUUGGAUUGCAGCAUGCCUGGAGUAUAAACUUCAAAUUGCAGCUGCAUUAGAAGCCCAUCAAGAACAGGAAUCUGUCAUUCAAACCCUUAAGCCUUCCCAAAUGAAUCGCCUCCAACGAUCUAUGGUUAGUGACAGAGUAGCUUCAGUAGCAAAGGACUCCACCUUACGAGUCUCCCACUUUUUGAUGCAUACACUUCAAUCCAUUAAUUCUUAUUUAAAUAUUCACGUUAAGGCAAAUGACAGUUGCAAGUUUCGAAAGCAAAUUAUCACUUCUCUAAUUCGCUAUUGGUGGAGUACAUUCAAUCUUGUCACUGCCUCAACGUUUGAAGAAGCGACAUUUCAGUCCCAUUUGGCAAUCGGAAAUACAGUCAUGGAGGAACUUCUCAAGAAUAACCCUCUGGUUGAUGAGCAGAAGUCGCUAAUCACAACCUUUGUCUCGGAUUUACAAACAAGUUUCGCUUCCGGAUUCAAGUUGACGACGGGACUAAGCAUGGAGUUGCUUUGGAAGCAACUCCGGCCUAUGGUUCCCACCAAAUUUGAAGUCAUGCAAAUCAUAGAUCAGAUGGAGAAAUUGGCUGUGAGGUUUGAUGCUCUGCGAUGGAAAGCAUCAAUCUCAGUCGCUGAGCUUGGAGGUAUUAUGACUUCUCUCGUGAAAGCACAUCAACUUCUCUUAUCCUCGGAUGUGGAUGGAGCUGCUCUCAUUCAAACUUUGACAUCGGAGAUUGAAACCCUCGAGAAGAGUGUUGACAGUGAGGAGGAUAGUCCGCACAUCGAAACCGUCGUUCUUGCCGAUCAUCCAAUCACAUCACAAAUGCGUCUGAACACAUCAAGCACAACUUCAUGGCUGCUACAGAAUAUCGACUAUUUAUGGUCUGGUGAUCAUGGCCUUCAGCCUAUUGCAAACAGCUUUUCGACAGAUUUCCUGCAUCAAAUGAAUAUCAUCAGCGAAGUUGACCUCAAGUCAUUGAGGCUGCUCGAGUCCGAGCUGCCUGUCAUGGCAGAAAAGCUUGCAAAAUCUAGUGCAAUAAUAUCCAGCAGCCAACUGGUGGCUAUCAAUCAAGUCCUUUCUCAUCUCACGUCGACAAUUAUUGGCGCACACAGUGAGCAACUCACAAAUGAUUAUCUGAACAGAAAAGAAAGUCUUGCUUCGCAGGAUGUUACUGGAACCUGGCACAAAAUCACUCUAGACGGCUUUUAUGAAGCGGUCUCCGCUCACCAAGCAAAACAUUUCAAUGGCCAGCCAUUAAUUAAUACAGAUAUCAAUUCUGAUAUUGAAAAGUCAGUUUUCGCCAUGGAAGCUGCGAUUAAGUCGCCUAGAGACAAUAUGCAGUAUUCAGCUUUGGCGUGGGUCCAUUUUGCUAGACAGCGCCUCGAGCAACAGAGGCACGAAGAAGUAAUCCGGGAGUUGCAAGAUAAGCUCGAUGCCCUGCAGAAAUUCGAGCGUCUCUUCUCUGGCCAAGAAUCGAAUCUCCGCUGCCAACUUCUUGAAGCAGAUAUGGUAGAAAUUGGUUGCCCCUCCAGAGGCAUCAGAGCAAGUUUAUCGGCCAGCAGUUUCCGAAUUGGACAAGCUUCAGGCGAUCUUACCACACCUGUGAUAAACAUUCUUCGCUGUCUCCAAAUAGGAUUGUACAUGGCGACACUCGUAUCGAAGGAUCCAUCAAAUAACAGCAAGGCAGCUUUGGCUCUAAGUAAAGCAACGCCAUUCUUAGGGGGCACCCCUAAGUCUAUCGAUGAAGAGAUCGUAUCUGGUCAGCCAUUAGAAUACUUGACAUUGAUGGCUACUACUACGACAAUCGAGAGUGUUGAUUCCAUAGAUCCAAAAACUCGUGAAUCACUCUUUACGUCUAUUCAUUCAUGUUACGAGCAAUGGACCAAGAAGCUUGACGCCGACAGACUUGAAGGAGAAACAAGGUCGGGCUUGUACAGAUUCCGCGGAAGUGCUGAAGACGAAGACGAGAUCGACCAAGAACAAUUUAAUGAGCUUUUCCCCUCAUAUGAUGAGAACUCAAGCGCGUCAAUUGCUACACCACAGCAACAAAAUGUCAGAGAUAUUGCUGUCUCUUAG